UUAAAAACUAUAGUAUGUAUUAUCGUAGAGGAACAGAUUACAGGAAAUUUGGCUUGUAGACAGUAAAAGUUUCUGCAGUUUAUAUGAGAUUUACAUCUAUGAAGCACCACGUUUCAUUGUUGAUUUGCAAGUAUCAAACAAAGUACGAAUAUAUAUAAGUGUUUUCGUCUCUCACCUGAUAAUAUUAAGGAAGGCUACAAUAGACUUUUUUGCGCAUUAGCAUCAUAACUUCCACGUUAAUUCGAGUAAAACGAGUUGCCUUUUCUUGGAGGAUAGGAGUGAUGUCGACCAAACAAGCAUAUUAAACCAACAGAUGCUGGAGCACUAACUAUCACUCAGAAGGUUUGUGUGAAGUGUACCUAUAUUUUAAUUGGACAUCACUCAAUAAUAGUUACAGGAAACUUAAAAACUCUUCACAAGAUGGCAAGUGCGACGAUAGAGUGCGACGUUUGUAACGAGAAAUUCGACUCGGGCAACCACAAGCCGCUUCGCCUGACCUGCGACCACACGUUUUGCUUCUCUUGCAUUACAAAUUUACUAAAACUCCCUGGAACCAAAAAUUGCCCAAAAUGUGGGAAACAAGUUUCCCAACAAAUUGAUCAAAUAUUGGUCAACUACGCAUUGAUUCCUUCGGAAAACACGGCUCGCCCACAUGCCCCGAGCUCGCUGUCAGAGGCACCGUGCCUCCAUCAUGGGAAGGCGCUGGAUUACCUCUGCGUGGACUGCAUGGAACUCGUGUGCUUCACGUGCACCAGGGGCACGCACGUCACGCACAAAAUUGUGGUGAUAGACGAUCAACUUAAAGAGGAUGAAUCUGUUUUGAACUCAUGGGCGAAAAUACGGGCAACAAUAGACGAUAAUCUUGGGCGCGUGAAUAAUUUAGUAUCCGUAUCAGACGAUAUAUUGAGCUUUAUUGAUGAAAUGAAGAUUAAAUGCCAAGAAUGGAAGAAUUCGCUGCUGGUGCAGAAACUGUCGACAGAGCAAGACCUGAAAGCCUGGGAUGUAACGGUCACCGGUGCGAAUGAGAACUGGCGACAUGAAUGCAAGGAAAUUCUUUGUCGUCUAAAAUUGAAACAUGCGGAAAAUAUGGAGACAUUUGAGAUCAGAGCGAGGUUGUCUGCAGCUUUGGAGAAAUUGGAUUCGUUACAGAUUCAAGAGCCUCCUGUUACGGCGACGGCGCGGCACUGCGCCGGCGCUGGCGCGGCCGUGCUGCGAGUGCAAAACGACCUUCAGGCGACGCCACCGCAGGGCGCAACUACGGGAGCGACUUCUCGAACAUUCCAGGUUCCUGGGCCGACAUAUGAGCUUCCAACAUAUGAACACGGCGUGCAUUGGACAGUCACCAGCCGUGAUGAAGGAGAGCGAGCUGUCGCCAGCCUGUCCAACAACAUCAAGCCCAGUCGCCUCGUGGUGCUGUCCACCCACACCCGCCCCAUCCCGGGGCUGCGGGAGCUGCUGUCCCGCCUCGCCGCCCACCACACCGGCGACAUCAGCCUGCUGCCCUUGGAUUACUUCUGGAGGCCGAAAAGGCAGUCGGAUGGAGGCAUGGCAGCAAUCCUCAAAAAAUUUCGUGACCGACUAGAUACUCUGUACGGCUCUCCUGGUCAAGUCAGGGCCUCCUUAAACAGGCGACGUCGCGUCGGAAUGCAGAUUGGGAAUUGCAAGAUCGGUGUACGUUUUGACAGCAACAGCUGCACCUGGGAAGAUGAUUUUCCAGAUAAAAUUGACGAUGCUUGUUGUGUACGAGGAGCGACUUCCGACGACUACUUCCCUUAUGGUUUUUACAAUUGUCGUGUCACCCGCUGGCACUUCCCAGACCUCUACGAUGAAGACUUGGACUGGAUCAUCCCCAUCCUGAGCAAUUUCGAGAAUUCUCGCCUGAGCCUGGUCUUACCGAGAAAUGGCCUCACCGCUACGGGCGCUCGUGUGCUGUUCCACAAUCUCCCCCAAAUCCGGGAGGUAUAUCACGACCCUGGCGCGGCGCACCUGACGUCAGCUGGGAGUCGCGGUGCACCUAAUCGCACCUUCAUCGAGUUGUCAACGAACAACAUCAUGCAAUGGAUGUAAAAUGCUGCGGCGUGGUAGUAGGUUUUUUGUGCGGUUGGAGGAUCGCAAAUUCCCGGGCAAGAUAAUUUGAGACCUGAACUGCUCUUCAAGACAUUAUACACUGGCGGCCAUGCGGUGACAUGCAGAGAAAUUGCAAAAUAAAUACUUUUCAAAAUCAUUUUAUUCAUACGGAUUAUUGAAUCUUGUUAGGUCUACCGUUUCUUGGGUUUUAAUCGUAUAUUAAUCACACACCAGUGGUUGACGGACAAGGAAAAUGGUUGAUACAUCAUUGCAUUGUUGUCGAAAAUUGUUAUAGUAACUUGAGACGAAUUUUAGCAGUGAUUACAUUUUAUCCUGUUUAAGUGAUAUAUCCUGGGGUCACCUGCCCAUUUGAAGGAGACUUCACGAGUGAUUAAAAUAAAAUAAUGAAAGAAAUAAUUAUUCACGGUUACAUUAAAUUAUUGAACACAUCACAUGUUUUUCUAUUCUAUUAACCAAGUCAGCAUUAGGCCUCAAAAUCGCGUCGCAUCAAGGGUUUGUGAAGUGAAGAGUUUGUUGUUAUUGACUUGAAGCGCCAGUCGCGUCGUGCCCUCGAAAUCUUCGUAUCCUCGCUACCAAAAUACACGUUUGACUUUCACGUCAGGUUGGCCAAAACUGAUUUUGCGGCAACCGUGCAU